AUGCAAAACAACAAAGAAAUGUAUUAUGUUAAAGAGUUAAUAAGAGAUUCUCAUACUAAAAGUAAAGAUGGAAAAACUUUAUUAGAUGUUCUUUAUUAUAUCUGGGUUUUAGAAAAAGAUGACAAAUUUUUAUUAACCAGAUAUAUAACUAAAAAAAUUGAAGAAGCCAAAUCUUUAAAAAAUAAUAUUAAUAAAUAUAUUUGG